AUGGAUGCUAAGAUCGGAAAGUUCUUUGACUCCGUCGGUGCCUUCUUCAGCUCCGGCGAUAAGAUCCCAUGGACCGAAGGAGAUGUCAUCGCUGGAUGUGAAAGAGAGGUUCGAGAGGCCACAGAUUCUGACUCUGAAGAACGUAAGAAAGAGUGCCUAAUGCGAUUGUCCUGGGUUCUUGUUCAUUCCCAUCAGAACGAAGAUGUGCAACGCGGAAUAGCCAUGCUUGAAGAUGGUGUGAUAGGGAUAGGCAUCACUGCUUCUGCUGUAGGAGCCGUAGGUCUCAUAGCCGGUGGUAUUGUAGCGGCGCUGGCUCGCAAGAAAUGA